UUAUCGUAUUGAACGUCAAUUGUUUCGACUCCAAGCAACGUUUCAUUGACUCAUUAAGAGCUGCUUAUGGAGAAGGAACGUUCUUAUUGGGGCCGCACGUGACGUCAGCUGUCGUCCAUUCGUACGCCUGCUACCUGAAAGAAGACUUCUCCCAACAGGAGAACAAAAGGGUUUUCCAUGAAACGCGUUUCAUGGGAUACCAAGGGAAUAACUACUGGAUUAUUUCCAAUGAUGUGCAUAUUGAGAAUGGUAAAGUGUUAGAUCCAAUUGAUCAUAAGUAUCUAAUAUUGGACAAGUCUUUAAAAAACCACCAAUUGCAAAUUAACGAAAGCUUACUGAACGAUUACGCAAAGUUGAAUCGUUCUGUUGCAAGGUUCAUACUACUUUCGCAAUGCUUGGGCCCUAAUAUGGACUCAUUUUUGCUGGCAACAGCAUUCACUGUGGCUCGGUUGCUGAGGAAUGCUCUCAAUCCUGAAGAUGUUUGGAGAGAGAGUUCUAUUGGCAUGAUAUUCUCCGAAGAAAGGAGCAUAGGGAAAUCGGAGAGUCUAAAUCUCCUUGCUCGGGGUGUUGGAAUUCCCAAUCGAUUGCACGUAAUGUUACUAAGUGGUGGAGACUCCCAGACAUGUGGAACAUCUACAAAGAAAAUGCAAGAGAUAGCAUCGAGAACGACUGGGGUCAUAAUGAUUGAUGACCCUAAACCCAAUGUUAACUUUAACGAGUUUCUGCUGCAAGCACAAGGGCGACUGAUGUCUGGAUCAAAUAAGGUGGGGAUGACAUCCAUCAAGGCCGCCACGUUAAUAUCGACGAAUUCUCCCGAAGUUUCCCGAUUAGUAGGGAGAGUUAUUAGGUUUAAUUACGUGAGCUGGAACAAGGAACGGAAUGAACAAGCCAAGUUUAACGACAAGCAACUAAAGGUUAUGCGAGAGUUCAUGCAAGAAAACAAGGGUAUUUUGCUUGUCUGGGCAAUUAAAUACCUGGAGUUAUGGGCUGAGGUUUUUGAACAUGCGCGUGAAAUUGUCGAAGAGGUCGUCCAAGCGAUCUUCGAUGAAAACGACCUGAAGGUGCAGGCAAGGUGGUUGUCUGGUAUUGCCGCGGUACUUGUCGCAAAUGCUCUGUUACGUCUCUCGUGUGGUAACCAAGCGAACACCAAAGAUUACGUAUUGUUUGCAUGCGGCGAGUUAUUAAAGGUGCAGACAGUCAGUAUACGUUCAACAAUGCAAAGGCUAGAAGCUUACAUCAUUGAAAAGAUAGCCGAGGAAAAAGACCGGAUUCUUACAUGGCUGCACCCUAAAGUUACUGUCAACAACAUCGAAGGGAUGAAGGUUCCAGGCAUUGCGCUACUGUCAACUGCUGUCGACAGUUUUGUCGAUAUUUCACAUACAGAAUUCAAAGAAUUGCAAAGUACGCUUGUACGGGAGCCGGGGACAAUAGGGAUAUACUUCGGCAAAGACAGGGAAUGCACCUUGGAGCAAAUGAUUAAAAGGAAACACGUUUGCCAGAAAAGAGCGUACCGAAUUCCUCUGGGGAAACUGAUGCCAUUCACGCAACAUAUGAUAGCGUAUGCCAGUGGAAUUCGGGAUGAUGCCCCCAAUGAGAGUGAUAUGGAAGAAAUGAACAAUCCAGCAACAACAAUAUCGGACGAAGGUUGCGAAAAUCACAAUACAACAGACGUGAGAACUUCCCAAGACAAAAUUCCCGAUUCAACCCCAAUAGCAACUGGCGAUCAAAACGUCUGCGAGCAAGCAAAUGAAAUGCCUGCAAGAGGUGAAUCGCACACCAGAAAGCGAUUAUUUGCAGAAGGUGCUAUUGGCGUUCUUCCUCGGAGCUCUACACGAUCUGAUAAUAAAAGUGUUGGGACAACUGCUGGGACGAGUGGAUUAUCAUGUCCUCCGAAUUCCGGCAAAAUUAAAGUAUACAAAUGGUGUUCAUGCAAAGAGGAAAGAGAUAAAGAAUCGGAGGACAUGAUGCUGAUAUGUGAAACCACAAACAAAAAGAACUUCCGAGAGUUUCUUGUCCCAGAACCUUAUGUACGAGAAAUUUAUAAAAGCAAUCUUAUGUUGUCUGGUUGA